CGGGCCAUCUUAAUCGAAUCCCCUCACUUGCUGUUCCUUGAGCUUGUUCGAGCGAGACGUGUUGACACAGUCCAAAACAUUUCCCACAACAGCCAGGAAAGAAAAUGAGUCUUCCAGACUCCAGAUCCCCGGGCAAACAGUCUUCUCCGGGGCUACAGAGUUGUUCUGUAGUGCAGCUGAAUGUGGGUGGUCAUGUGUUCACCACAUCUCUGUCUACGCUGCGUAAACACCCUGACUCCCAGCUGGCCUUCAUGUUCAGUAGUGGUCAGCAAUCCAAACUGCCCACCGACGCCAAGGGACGCUACUUCAUCGACCGCGACGGGACGCACUUCGGAGCCAUUCUUCAGUUCCUACGCACCCAGCGCCUGCCCACAGAGAGUGUUCUGGAGGUUUACCAGGAGGCGCUCCACUAUGACGUCAGAACCCUGGUGAAGCAGCUGCAGGACUCAGCCCAGCUGUUUGGAGAAACAGUGGGGAGGCAGCAGUUCAUCUCCAGGGUCCCCAACUAUUUGGAGAACCUGGAGGUGUUGGUGAGAGUGGCCCGAGCAGAAGCCAUCGCAAGCCGUCACUCUGCUGUCAUCGUUUGUGUUCUGAGGACCGAGGAGGACCUGGGUCGCUAUGACCAUGCCGUCAACAACCUGGAGGAACAGGAAGUGGUGCGGUUCGGACCGUGGAAGGCCCCUCCGACUGCCAUUGACCUGUUGGACUGCAUCAAGAUGGAUGUAGAGGCCAGGGGAUACAAAGUGAGAUACGAGCCUCACAGCUCAGACAGAGGCUUUUUGUUCAAGACCAAUGAUGGCUUCCUGUACAAACUCAUCUUCACUUGGUGGUAACAGAAUGACGAUGUCAGUGUGGAGUAGAACAUCUAUGGCGGCCUUCUGAUUCUCUACCCUUCUCCAGAAGUGUGCACUCCCCCUUCAUGCAUUUAAAACCAUUUGAUUUGUGUUACCAAGUCUGGAAGGUCUUUCCACCAUAUUUAUUACACCAGUCCGUUCCUUUUAAAUCCACGAGGGGGACUGUAUGAGUGCUCACUUCACCCUUCACGUUCCCAGACAGAGACGUGCACAGAGAUUAUAUUAGAAUCUAUUUAGAAAAUAAUUGGAUCAUAUUGAAGUUCUAAUGUGUCAUUCUAUGGAGGUGUGUGUGUAUGUAUAGAUGUACGCUCCCCUAUGUAUUUAUUUGGACAGUGAAGCUAAAACGUUUAGUUGGGAUCUAUACUCCAGCAUUUGGAUUUGAAAUCAAAUGUUUUAUAUGAGGCGACAGUACAGGCAGUACUGUCACCUUUUUAUUUGAGGGUAUUUUCAUACAUAUUUACUGUUUUAUGUAUCUAAUCCCCCCCCCCCAUUUGAAGGUGUGUAACACUGGUUAACCCUAUCAAUUCUGAGACCCCAGCAAAAAUCAGCAUGUCAAACCAAAAACUGUUUUUUUUCCAAAUGUUUGCUAAUUUAUAAUACAAAAAAAACUACAGCAAUAUCACAUUUACAUAAGUAUUCUGACUCUUUACUCAGUACUUUGUUGAAGCACCUUUGGCAGCAAUU